CCACUGAUUGGCCGGUCUUCGCUCAGAGCGCCACAGCGCCGCUCCGCUCCGGGAUCCUCUGGCGCAGAGAGAAAGCUCAGCUUGGCCGCCAGCGAACACCGAGCCGGGCUGGGAGGGCAGAUGAUGUGAACCGAUACGGGUGUCCGUGCUGUAGCUACGGGCGGAGUGGCACUUUAAAAAGCGGCUGUCGACCUCGAAGCUGCUCACUACUGCGCGUGUGUGUGUGUGUGUGUGUGUGUGUGUGUGUGUGCGCGCGCGUGUGUGUCGUCGUGGGAGCGGAGGCGCAGAAGCCCGGAGGCUGACUGAAGCGCUCUAUCACGGCAGUGUAUUUCCUGUCAGCCAUGACGUCAGUACAAACUCCUCCUCUCUCCCGCUCUGGCUCCUCCCCCUCUAAUGUGGGUCUGGCCAAUCGCAGCGGCGCCUCGGCCACCCCUCCCACCUCCCUCAGCCUUCGCUCGUCAUACAACCAGUUGCUUGGGCGAGAUGUCAUCAAGGAGUCCAUGGAAACCGGAAGUUCGGCCACCUUGCCAAAGAGCCGUCAGAGGUAUGCAAUGACCAGUGUGCGGAGCGCCAUUGGGAUCAGUGACAACUUGGCUUUGCCCUCUAAAAACCAACCUGGAACCAGAGGGAGGGGUCUCCCCACCAAGUCCUCCUCCAGCUCUGCCCUCUACUCCUCCUCGUCGUCCUCCUCGCUGUUUAACACAACCAACCCCAAACUGGCCAAGAAUGGGGCUAACAUGCAGAGACGAGCCGAGAGUCAGCAGUUGGAGCUGAGCCGUGCCAAUACAGAGGGCAAAAUUCAUAAUGAUCUCAUCAAUAACCCCAGUUCUGACUGGCUAGAAGUUGGAAAAGACAACUCGCAGCUGCCCCCGUUCCGUAGAAGGACCAAGAGCUUCUUGGAGUAUCAUGGGAAGGGCUGGGAUUUGGACCUCAGUUGGGGAAACAAAGAGGACAAGGAGGAGAAGAAGAAGCAGCCUUCUCCAGAGAAAGAGGAGGCCAGCCCUUCCAAGGAGAGGGAGAGCCAUAAGGAGGAGAAGCCCAUCAGCAAGCAGACCUGCCAGGAAGAGGAGGAGGAGGAGGAGGAGGAGGAGGAGGAGGAGGAGGAGGAGGAAGAUGACCCCACGCCUACACCAAGGCAGCCCCUGCUACCAGUGGUGGUGGAAGCCCCGCUUUCCCCGACGUCCUCCUCCUCCACCGACAGCCCAGAGUGGGUCCCAGACAACCAAAGUCACCUCCAGAACCAUGCUCCAGCCCCGAUCAGAGAUGAGCUCUGUGCCAUGGUUCAGUCUAGUCCACGCAGUCCUGCAAAACCCCCUCGGAGCUCCCAGCCUCGGGUUAUCAAGGUCGAGCUGCACCCCAACAAUGAGAACCAGUUCCUGCAGCAGUACCCGCCUUCUUCCCCUAAACAGGCCCGGGUUGCAGAGAGGAACACCCCUACCAGGAACCGGGCAGCCCCUGCCCUGCCGGAUCCUGAACCUGAGAGUGGGCUCCCUAAAGUGGGCUUAAGAAUCGAUCUGACUCCUGAAACUCCAUCAGAAGAUGAAGACUCCAGCUGGACCACCUUAUCCCAGGAGUCACCCUCUCCUCAGACUCCACGGGAAACAGCAGAUGUAUGGAGUGAGGGGGACCUGCCCCCAGGCUGGCGGGAGAUCUCAGAUUCAUCAGAGAUCUAUUUCUGGCACAUCCCCACUGGCACCACACAGUACCACCGACCAGUACACACCUCUCCCAACAACGAGCCAGACACUGAGCACGACCCACAACAGGAAACGCAGGACUCGCUGAAGCCUCCAAGCGAGCGCCCCAGCAGUCUGAUAUCUGACAGCUCGGUGGAGCCGGUCCCCUCCCCCUCUGGCUCCUCCCGCUCCUCCCCCUCCUCCUCCUCCUCCUCCUCCACCCUCUUAGAUGAUGUCACCUUUUCUGGACCAACUCUCAACACCACCGCCUGCACAGCCAACGAGCUGAAGGACUAUCCAGUCUAUCCAGAUCCCAGUCUAAAGGCCUUUGAAGGGGCUACCCUCCGCUAUGCGUCACUUAACCUCAACCCCCCAGCCCAGCUAGAGACAGUGGACCUCAACAAUACCUUCUCCAAUCCAGAGGCAUUGUCAUUCCCAGUGCGCUCUCUGGGCUGGGUGGAGAUGGCAGAACAGGACCUGAGUGAGGGGAGAAGCAGCGUGGCCGUCCACCACUGUAUCAGACAGCUGUCCUACUGUAGGAGGGACAUACAAGACUCAGCCGGUGUCUGGGGAGAGGGUAAAGGGAUGCUGCUUGUGCUUCAAGACCGCAUGUUGAUCCUGGUUGACCCGGAUGAUCGCAGCCUGCUCCACUCUCAGCCAAUCAGUAGCAUCCGUGUCUGGGGUGUCGGCCGAGACCACGACAGAGAAAGGGACUUUGCCUACGUGGCGAGAGACAAGAACACGCGAGUGCUGAAGUGCCACGUGUUCCGAUGUGAUACUCCUGCCGCAGCCAUCGCGACAAGUCUCCACGAAAUCUGCUCUAAGAUUAUGGCUGAAAGGAAAAGUGCCAAAGCUGCAGCUGGCAGCUCCUCCCAGACCGGCUCCGAUGUACCCCUACAAGAGUUUCCUUUGCCAAAGACUGAGUUGGUGCAGAAGUUCCAUGUGCUGUAUCUGGGUAUGACAUCUGUGUCUCGCCCCAUAGGUAUGGACGUCAUAAAUGGAGCCAUAGAAAGUCUGGUGUCCUCCACAGGCAAAGAGGACUGGACUCCUGUCACACUGAGUAUUGCUGACACCACUCUGGCUGUCAUCAAAGAAAAGGAAGAGGAAGAAGAGGUUUUGGUGGAGUGUCGAGUUCGUUUCUUGUCCUUCAUGGGCGUGGGACGAGAUGUGCACUCGUUUGCCUUCGUUAUGGACACUGGGAGCCAGCAUUUCCACUGUCAUGCGUUCUGGUGCGACCCCAAUGCAGGCAAUGUGUCUGAGGCUGUGCAGGCAGCAUGCGUGCUGCGGUACCAGAAGUGUCUGGUGGCACGGCCACCCUCCCAACGUGCUGGCUCCUCUUCCUCACCCUCUGCGGACACGGUGACCCGCCGGGUGACCACCAGUGUGAAACGUGGAGUCCUGUCUCUCAUAGACACUCUGAAACCCAAGAAACAGCCGUCUGAACUCCCCCAGCAAUGACCGCCACGAGUGACCACAGCACCCUCCCCAGCCGCUGCUGGACGCCACUCACACACUAUCGCCACAGCAACACCUAAUCAGUACCAGCCAUGGUAACCGACGAUGUACAUAUAUGUUAACAAACACCACCGCAGAUGAAGAGAAGAAGAGCGAUUCUCCAGUAGGCCUGAUGAUAAAAAAAAAAAAAAAAAAUGACAAGAAAACUCAUGGCUUUCAUGAGGCGGAAUGGAAAGUCUGGUAGCACUGGUUGAUUUUUGAACGCCGCUGUGUCCGAGUGGAAACCACCUGCAGGCUCCAUUGGCCUUCACUGUAUGUGGAUUUCUGGGCUGGAUUGAUUACUUGAUCAAACACUCUACAGACAGAAUUCAGGAUAACCCAGAAUAAAAAGAUACAAUUUCUGUUAACAGUGUGGUUUAUGGAACCACUCACUGGUUUACUCCAUUUUCUUUCAUGCUCUGUCCCUUCCUGUAAAAAACAUCAUCAGCACAGUAAGAGCACCUGGACUGGACGCCUGAGACGACAGAAAAGGUGUCGACUUGCUGUCGUGGGAUUUGAACAGGUGAAUAAGAAAAGACCAGAAAGACAAGGCCCUGCUAACAUGCUCUCCCCCACCAAUAUGGCAUCACUUCGAUGUGUCUCAGACUUGAAACGAGCUCAAACUUAACAUCUCUAUUGAGGAUGAAUGAAGUGAUUGUAAUGAUAACGUGGAUGUAAAUGAUUGUAUGUAGGAAGAGAGAAUGUAGGGCACAAAACUUGUAGAUAUGAGGGAGAGAUGGAGUGUGGGACAAUGGGCUUUGUUUUGCAUGUUUUCGUGAUGAGAUGUGUUUUAUGUUGAUAGGGGUCUCAGUCAGAAGAGUGGUGAACACACAAAGAAUAAAUGCUCUUAGCACAAGUCAUUUCAACAUAACCAUUACUGCAUUUACACUGGCACAAAAAAAAUCUGGCCUAUUUCUGACCCAUACCUGAAUAGAAUGUUACUCUCUACCCCAUUUACAGAAUCACAAUUUAGGAUGUCAGUCAGAUUUUUAGAUCAGCAAAAGAAAGAUAACCGUUUUUAAUGUAUUUUGAAACUUUUAAUUUGUUAAGAUUGUACUUUUUUUGCAUAGAUUAUAGAAAAACAGAGUUUAAAAGCUCAAGAAUGUUACAUUGCCUAUGUUCAAACUUUACAAUUUCCUCAGGAAUCUUUAUGCAUACACCCAAGAUUUAUGUGUUAGCAAGAAAUUCCAAUCCCAGGCUUCGUCUGGCAGAUGUUAGGCACUCAAGGCUAUAUGAGCAGUGGUACAUAAUAGUGUUCACCCUUCUUGGACAGCGUGGAAAACAUCAAAUCUGUGCCAUACAGUAAAGGUUAACUAUAUUUCCUUUUCUUCAGUAAACCAACAAGUCUACUCCCCCCCCACACACACACACACACACACAAAUACGCACAUAGAGAAAAAAAAAAAAAAAAAAAAAGUCUGCUGUCACUGCUAAUAAAACCUUUACACUGCUCCUAUGGCUCAUAUCUACAACCUGCACUCCACAUGAACUGUGAAUGCAGUCUGAUCUAAAUGAGAGAAAAAAAAACAGACAAACACACACACACACACACUCAAAAACAAAACAAACAAGAAUGAUACUGUAACUCAUUUCAGUUCUGUUCUUCACUCAUCUCUACACCAUGUAAAUGUAAUCGGUUGUGACAAUAAAUGCAUUACCAAAAGAAAAAAA